ACCUUUUAUGUGUAUUAUUAUUACUUUAGCUAUGAUCUAAUCUGUUUUGACUGUUUUUUGUUUGUAAUGUAACACAGCAUUAUUUGGACGUAUGUUAAUUGUGAUAGUGCGCCUGUCUAUUGAUACUAUCUUUUAUGAUAUUAAGUGUUUAGUCAUCCAUGACUGUGGAUGAUGUUAUAAAAUCGAUUGAAGGGCUAUCUUUAAGUCCUUCUGGCACCUAUAGUUCAAGUUUUGGUGAGACGUACACUGUAGGCGAUUCUGGUAAGGAUGUUUUCAUAAAGGGUUCUCGUCGUAAGGACGGUUCAUUUCGACGUGACAUUCGUGUUCGUCCUGGUUAUAUUCCUCCGGAGGAGCGUGCUGUAUACGUACCACGUUUUCGUCGUUCUCCUGAAUUAUCACAACCUGCUGAGUUGUGUGAGACUGAUAAAAAGGAUUCUACCGAGAAAAGGGGGCUGUCUGUACAAUCUGUGUCUAGAACAUCUGUGAAAGCAUCUUGCGACAAGAUUCCAGCUAACCAGGGUUCUUCUGGAUCUAAAACUACUGCUAACCCUGGCAGAGUAUCUAUUACUGAUGACACUGAGUCAUUAAGUAAUACUGACUCCAGUGCUAACUUGUUGGACACUGGUUCUGUCCGUAAGCUCAUCAAUGCUAUACGUCAUACCAAGCGUAAAAUUCGUAACAUUCAAGGUGUUGGAGCAUCAGGAGGUGGUUCACUUUCGGAGUCUCAGCUUACGCGUCUAGAUACGUUGAAUGCUAAGCUAAAGCAUUUAGAAUCUGAGUUGGCAGCUAUUAAAACCGGUGUUAAAGAUAAAAGCGUCGCGGAUUAAUUAUAGUCAGUGUGUGAUUGGGUUAUCACUGAUACAUUUGGUUGUGUUUUGAUAUCUUUUCCACUACAUGUAGUGUCCCUUUUUGUCUA